AUGUGGAUGUAUUCCACCAUGGACAAUGUCGACGGCAAGCAAGCCCGCCGCACAGGAACAUCGAGUCCGCUGGGGGAGCUUUUCGACCAUGGAAUUGACUCCCUAAACUGCACUCUGGCCAGUCUCCUGGAGACGGCAGCCGUUGGCUAUGGUUCGACCAAGAUUGGCGCCUUCACUGCUCUUGUACCAGUACUGCCCAUGUUCUUCUCGACCUGGGAAACCUACCACACGCAUACGCUCUAUCUUGGUUAUUUCAAUGGCCCGACCGAGGGCUUGAUCUUGGCAUGUCUAUUCAUCUGCAUGUCGGGAUGGUUCGGUCCGGAAAUUUGGUCAGAGCCCCUUGCGAACUACUUCCCAACCUACAAGGCGGAAAUUGGCGACAUCACCCUCAAGGAGCUUUGGGUUCCCAUCAUCCUCUUCGCCUUCUUCGUUGCCCAUCUUCCCGCCUGCAUCGUCAACGUUGCGAGAGCACGCCGCGCGAAAAAUGAGCCCUUUUUGCCCUUGCUCAAGGAGUGGACACCAAUGGUCAUCUUCACCGUCUGCACUAUGGCUUGGCUCGGAUCGCCGUACUCGCACUUGCUCGAGGAUAACCAUCUUGUCCUUUACUGUUUAACCAUGUCCUUAGUCUUCGGUCGUAUGACAACCAAGAUUAUUCUCGCACAUCUCACACGCCAGCCUUUCCCAUACUGGACCAUCAUGCUCGCUCCCAUGAUUGGGGGUGCCCUACUUGUCAACCACCCCUACUUUACCAUUCCUGGAACAAGCUUUGGCCCUAUCUCUGCGAAAUUCGAAUUAUGGUAUCUUCGUGCCUACCUCGUCUUUGCCGUUAUCGUCUACGGGAAAUGGGCCCAUCUUGUCAUUACAAGCAUAUGCGACUAUCUUGAUAUCAACUGCUUGACGAUUCCCAAGCAGACCCAGGAGAAGAUGUCAAAGACAAACGGCGCAGCAAACGGACAUGGCGUUGUCCAUCACUCUGAAAAGGGCCGCGUCGACUAA